UAAUAUCAAAACAAAAAUAAUGGCUGCUCAGGUGAUCAGCUACUGAUCUGAUCUACGAAAAAGGGGUUGUCGAUAUCCAUGAAGAAAGUUUGUGAGAAGACUGUAAAUAAAUAUGGCCAACAUAUACAAAAAUGAUUUUAUAAAUUCUUACUCAAAUUGUUGUGAAACUGAAUCAAAUUGGAAAAAAGGUUUCAAAAAAAUUUUAUUCCAAUAUUUCCCUAUUUUAACUUGGCUUCCAAAAUAUACCUUGUAUAACUUGCAAUGCGAUUUUAUUGCUGGUAUAACUGUUGGUCUAAUGGUUAUACCUCAAGGUUUGGCAUAUGCAUCAAUAGCUCGCUUAACUAACGCUUAUGGCUUGUAUUCCUCUUUCAUGGGUUGUUUUGUGUAUUGUAUAUUUGGGACCUCAAAAGAUAUUGCCAUUGGCCCUACUGCCAUUUUAUCAUUGAUGGUUUCAACUUACAACAUACCACACUGUGGUGACAUGGCUGUGCUAUUAUCCUUUUGUAUUGGCAUUAUUUUGCUGUUAAUGGGAAUAUUUCGACUUGGCUUCUUGGUUCGAUUUGUAUCUGUUCCUGUAAUAUCUGCAUUUACAUCAGCUGCAGCAAUAACAAUAGCAUGCGGAGAAAUAAAAAAUCUUAAUGGUUUAAAGAAUGUUCCUAGGGACUUUUUUCACAACUUGACAUACACAUUUAAGAAAAUAAAGGAUUGGAAUUUGUAUGAUCUUGCUUUUGGCUGUGGAUGUAUGGUUAUAUUAUUUCUUAUGCGUUUGUUGUGCACCAAGUUAAAAUGGCAAAAUGAAAAUCUUCCGCCACUGAGGGCUAGGUGUUACAAGUUUUUAUGGCUGCUAGGUAUAGCUAGAAAUGCUAUUUUGGUGAUAUUUUCAUGCUGUAUAAUAUAUAUCAUGGAAAUUUCCAAUUUCGACCAUCCCUUAACACUUAUCGCAGAUGUUGAAUUCGGAUUACCUGGAAUAAAUGCACCAGAAUUUACAAUCCAGUUUGAGAACAAAACUUAUGAAUUUGUUGACACUCUCAAAUAUCUUCACAGUGGUUUAAUAAUUAUACCGUUAAUUGCUUUCAUUGAAGCAAUCGCGAUUGGCAAAGCUUUUAGUCGCAUCAACAAUUACAAACUUGAACCAAGACAGGAACUGAUCGCUCUUGGCAUAUCAAAUAUAUUGGGCUCGUUUGUAUCUUCAUAUCCCGUCACAGGAAGUUUUUCAAGAACUGCUGUAAACUCACAAAGUGGUGUUAGAACUCCUAUAGCAGGACUGUUUACAGGUACAGUUGUUUUGCUUGCUAUUCGCUUUCUCACCUUCAUGUUUCACUACAUACCGAAAGCUUGUCUUGGAGCUAUUAUCAUAUCUGCAGUCGUCUAUAUGGUUGAUGUCAAGAUUGUGAAAGAUAUAUGGAGCAUUAAGAAAAUAGAUUUGUUACCAUUUUUCACGACCUUCUUUGGUUGUUUCUAUACGCUCGAUAUUGGUUUAGUGUUAGGUAUAGGAGUUAGUUUAAUUCUGGUGCUGUAUCCCAUAAUAAAUCCAAAAAUAGAUGAUGAUAUAAAAGAGAUAACUAUAAUUCGUCUACAUGACGGACUGCAUUUUGCUGGAGUCGAGAAGAUCUCCAAUCGAAUUGACGAUAUUAUCCGGCAACCGGAGCCACCGAUUGCUAUUAUUCUCGACAUGAGUGGUGUAACGCAAAUCGAUUUCUCUGUUGUUGUUGAAAUACGAGGUAUCAUAACACAAAUGCGAACAAGAUUGCCCGGUACAGAAUUACUAGUCACUAAAACUUGCUUCGAUGUAAAGAGAGUCUUAAUAAUGGCUGGCUUACAUGACAUUAUUACAAGCUCGGAAAAUGUAAGGGAACGUUAUCAGGAGGGGCAGAGGUUGCUUUAUGACUAAAUUCUUCCUCUACUGUUGUAUUGUAUACUUUUUUACGUGAGCUGCUCUACAAAUUUGUUUGAUAAGAAACUCUAUUUCCCAUGUCAGCUACAGUUACUAAAUGCUAAAUUUUGACUUAAGGCUCAUAGUUGCUAAGAAAUCACUAGCUGAGCGUAAUAUUCAAAUUUGUGAAAUUUAAAGAAAUUUUUCAUUUUUUUAAAGAAUUUUUUGUAGGUUCCUUGUUAAAUUAUUCAGAUUUAUGCUUCUGUUACGUUCCAAUUUUCAGCCUGUCCAGUUGCUAAGCAAGAUUUUUUGAGCCAACUUUUAGCCUCGGCCCUGAGCAACUUGGUUGUUUAUAAAAAACAACGUGCGAAAAAUUUUCAGUUUUUUUAAAAUUGAUAGACAUUUUUAAAUAAUUUUAUACACUCGUUUUAAUUUUUUGUAUUUUUUUACGCUACUUUCAUAUAAUAGCUGCAGAGGGUGUACUUUCGCGUUUUUAGAGAAAUUGAUGAUUAGAAGUAA